AUGUCAACAGGAGGCAAAGGAGGAGGGAAGAAGCGACCGCGUGCGGAUCUGCUAUCGACGCUCGAUGCAGCAUUUGCGUCGACGGCGCAGUCUACGGAUUCCAAGUACACGGCCCAAGCAGCAGCGCAGGCGGUUCCCCAGCAGCACAAGCAACAGGCGUACCAGCAGUUGAAACGGAAGCGGAAGGACGAAGCAAAGCGCGUGACCGACGGCAACGGCCGACGUCAAAAGGGUCGCGACCGGACUGCAGAGGAGAGCGAAGCGAAGCGCGGGAAGAAGCAGACGGAAGCCGCGUAUGAAAAGAUGAGCACAGAGCUGUUGGCGAUUGGGUUGAAAGACUGCUCGUUGCAAGCGCAGGUUCCAACAACGCUCACGAAGCCGCGUGUGUUGCACGAGACGCUGAAGAACUACUUGGAGACAGUGACGCACGGCACGAAAGCAGACUCGAGUGCCGUUGGUAGUCUCAAGAACAAGGUCUUGUCGUUGGACAACCCGUUCAAGAAGAGCGCUGCGGCUGCUACCGUGGCAAAGACCAUCGCCGCUGCGAGUCGCAAUCAGACUGCAAAGCUGCUGAGUGCGCGUCAACGUCGAGCGCUUGGGCUGCACUUGCUACGUGGCGAGAUCCACUACAGCCACGCCGAGAUGCUCAAGGAGAUCUGGACGCGGUACGUCUUGCAAGUGAUUGCGAGCGACCUCAGCGACGUCCACCACGUGAGCGAAGAAGCGCAGCGGACGAGGAAUGCCAAAGUGCACAUGAAGCUCAAGUAUCUCGAUCUGUCAGGAUGUCCACUCGAAGUCGUGCAAGCCCCAAAUCCAUGCACUGUCGGUCUCCAUGGUAUCGUCGUCGCCGAGACGCGGCAAACGCUACAGCUCUGCUCUCCUACACCAUCGACCAACAACAACAACAACAACAGCAACAGCCACGGCAGUCUCCGCACCGUGGUCAAGUCGAGCUCGCGGUUCAAAGUCCGUCUCAGUGCCACCCGCACGUUGUUCCUCGACAGCGCGUGGUUUGCUGACCGCGCGGCCGUUGCCAACCAGUAG